ACUCGACUUUUAGGGCGGAUCUUUGCUGUGGAUUUCAUUUUUGCUCUCAUUGACUCUGUGACUGAGUUUCAGGUAACCCACCUGCAGUCGGCCGUGAUCCUUUCAUUUUCUCUUCCAGCACAAACUGACUGCGGCUCACAGGAAUGGCGUCUAUAAAUGGAGUAUUUGGGAUUUGUCUCCUGCUUUUUGGUGGAGUACAAGUGAGUUUGGCCAUGACCGUGUCCAUCCCACUGAAAGAAUAUAAGGUUGCCCGAGGAGACGAUGCAACUUUGCCGUGUACAUUUACACUUCCAGCGACGAGCAGUUCUGCCCCUAUUGUGUCAUGGACAGCAAUUUCGCCGGAUUCUGAUGAUAGCAUCAUCGCCACAUAUUUCAGCGCUUCUCAAAUUACAAUUAGCAAGAAAUAUAAAAGUCGGGCGAGUUUGGAAUUCAAUAUCCCAAAAGGAAUCGCCAACCUGAAGCUCAGCGCCGUCACCAGCCUCGACACGCGGAGUUACGAGUGCAAAGUUCAGGAUCCGAGUGAUGAAGAGGGCGGACAGUCGGCCAAGACUAAACUUACAGUCUUGGUGGCUCCAUCAACGCCUCUCUGUAAAGUUGCUGGAGUAGCAGAGUACGGUCAGAACAUAAACCUCACGUGUUUCUCUGAAGAGGGGACGCCAACACCCACCUACAAGUGGCAAAACUUUGAUGUCAAUAACGUCCCUCGACAAAACCCACCCAAGACCACUGACCAAAAUGGAAUCUUGUCACUCUACAACAUUUCCAAAGACACUUCUGGUUACUUCCUCUGCACGUCCACCAAUGAAAUCAGAUCGGCAAAAUGUAACAUCACCCUGUCCGUCCUGCCGCCAUCCAUGAAUAUGGCGUCCACGUUUGGAAUAAUCGGGGCGAUUGCGGCAGCCGUUCUAAUCUUGGGAAUCAUUAUCUUCUGCUGUUGCUGUCGGAAAAAAAACAAGCCUGAGGAAUACGAAAUGGAAAAUCCUGAAGUAGAAGAGUACACGGACAAGGAUCCUAAAGUUGUAUCAGAGAGCCACGCUGAACGUGUGAAGUCCGAGGAAGAAUAUCAAAAUGCGGACAGACGCGAUCCCAGAGACGAUCGCAGUGAGAGGAGCUACGAUCGCCGUAGUGAUUAUAACUCUGACAAACGAGAUGACAACAGCGAUCGGCGGGACCGGUACGAAAAAGAUGACCGUUACGACGACCGGCGAGAUCGCAGAGACCGCUACGACGACCGCAGAGACCGCUACGACGACCGCAGAGACCGCUACGACGACCGCCGAGAUCGCUACGAUAGCGAUCAGUACUCCGACCGAUACGAUAGCCGUGACAGACCUCCGAGCAUCCCACCAAACAAACCCAGAGACCCAAAGAUCUGAUAUCAGUUUGGUUUCAAAAACAUGAGGAAAAUAGACAGAGAUUUUCCACACAAGAGUUUGUGUCUGUUUUUAAAUGUGAAAUUCACAAGGUUAAAUGUUUUUGUAUAUUGUACUGUAUGUAAAAACGGGAUUGGUGUACUUACAUUCUUGUAUUGAUGCAAUGUUGUUUGUGUUGGACCGACAGUGAUCUCAGGUAGUAUUGCUUAUCAACUAUGUACAGUUUAAAUCUAGAGACCUGAUAGAUUUGAUUUGCUAAUGUCUCCUAACAUUUAAAUGAGUUUGGAGGAAUAGUGUCUACAAGAUUUGAGUUUGUCUACUUUCUGAGCUUUGUUUUGUGUUAUGUUACAGAUCUUAUCUGGUUAUGACUUCGUGUCAGAUGAGCGUUCUUUUUAAAAUGACAGAAAACACUUUCAGUUUCCGGCCAGCGUCUGGAUUCACUGCAGCUCAUGUACUGUGAUUCACUGUGUGUGUGAAAUAUUAACUAGUUUUUUUUUAAUGAUUCAUGUGUUUUAAUUCCUUUAAAAUAGAUUUGUGCUUUUAGCUUGUUUGUAUUGUUGUGUUUUUCUAAACAUUAUGGCUGUCAAUAAAUCCAUAUUUCAGAAUUACA